GGAGAUGAGAGAAAGGAGGGUGAAAUUGUGAAAAGGAAAAUGAGGGAACUGAAUGGACUCUGCCAGCUCUAUAAAUGCGCAGUCCAUUGCAGCGGCGGAAAUGAAAGACACGGCGCCGGCGCUUCCUCUUCUCUUCCUUCGACCAGUUCGACGCGGCGUUGUUCUCUUUUCCACUUGAAUUUGACUGCGACCUCAAAAUUCUUCCUGGCGCGGCUUGAUAAUUCUAGUGCCUGUACUUGACUACUGGCAAGAGUUAAUGGCGGCGAAGGCGUCUGAAUCGCUGAUCUGCAAGGGUUUGAUGGAGGAGGUGCAGCGAUGGGGGGCUAUGAAGCAGACGGGUGUCAGCCUGAGGUACAUGAUGGAGUUCGGGUCAAGACCCACCGACCGGAAUUUGCUGAUCUCCUCCCAGUUCCUGCACAAAGAGCUCCCAAUUCGGAUUGCACGGCGUGCUAUUGACCUACAAACUCUUCCCUAUGGGCUCUCUCUAAAACCCGCCGUUCUCAAGGUGCGGGAUUGGUAUGUGGAGUCUUUCCGUGACCUUAGAUCCUUCCCUGACAUAAAGGAUAAAAGUGAUGAGUUGGAAUUCACACAAAUGAUCAAGAUGAUCAAGGUGAGGCAUAACAAUGUUGUUCCAAUGAUGGCUUUGGGCGUUCAACAGCUUAAGAAGGAUCUUAAUCCUAAAGUUGUGUAUGAGGAUCUAAACGAAAUUCACCAGUUCCUGGACCGCUUCUACAUGUCAAGAAUUGGGAUUCGUAUGCUUAUUGGACAGCAUGUGGCCUUGCAUGACCCAAAUCCUCCUCCUGAUUGUAUUGGCUACAUACAUACGAAAAUGUCUCCUGUUGAGGUUGCACGGAAUGCCAGUGAGGAUGCCCGUUCUAUUUGCCUUCGCGAGUAUGGCAGUUCCCCUGAAGUUAGCAUUUACGGGGACCCCAGUUUUACUUUCCCGUAUGUGCCAACACAUCUACAUUUGAUGGUGUUUGAAUUGGUUAAGAACUCCUUGCGUGCUGUCCAAGAAAAAUAUAUGGAAUCAGACAAAGUUUCACCUCCCAUUCGAAUAAUAGUAGCUGAUGGUUUGGAGGAUGUUACCAUCAAGGUCUCAGAUGAAGGAGGUGGAAUUCGAAGAAGUGGCCUCCCUAAAAUCUUUACAUAUCUCUACAGCACUGCAAAGAACCCAUUAGAUGAGCAUUCAGAUCUUGGUACUGCUGAUGAGGCAACCAUGUCCACAUUAGCUGGAUACGGGUAUGGGCUACCAAUAAGUCGCUUAUAUGCUCGCUAUUUUGGUGGAGACCUGCAAAUGAUUUCUAUGGAAGGAUACGGGACAGAUGCUUACCUUCACUUGUCAAGGCUUGGAGAUUCACAAGAGCCAUUGCCUUGAGUGCUGCUGCCAUUUGGAGAUUUAUUAAAGCUUAUCAAUUUAAGUGCUGUAAAUAUUGCCAAUCAAAGAAGUUGCAACCCUUGCCCAUAUUAAAAUACAAUUUGCUGCAAUUACCAAUUUCCUAUUUAUUGUAGCAGUUGAUGCUGCCUGUCUUUGGGGGCAGACAAGGUUCUGGUUCUGGUUCUGAACGGAAAUGGAAAUAUCUGGUUUUAAACCGGAAGCCGCACUGCGGGGUGGUUUUGGAACAUGGACAAGUACACCCAGAUUGGCCAAGUUAGAUUAGCACGUGAAAUAAGAAAGUAAAAAGUGAAUGCUGUGUAAUAUUGUGCAUAUGAGAGAAAUAAUAUCAAUCACAAACAAGUGACGAAGUAUUUGAGCAACCAAACAAGUCAGGAUCACAAAAUUUAGUGAGAGG